GCAAAUCUCUCUCGAAAUUCUGCUUUCCAGCUCCACAGAAGUUGAUGAUAUGAUCAGAAAAUCUACAAACCUGCUGCUGACCCGGACGCUGAGCAACUGCUUGCAGAAUGUCAUUAAGAGGAAAAAUGUGGGGCUGACAGAGCUGGUACAGAUUAUUAUAAAUACGACCCACUUGGAGAAAUCUUGCAAGUUCCUCGAAGAGUUCAUAACCAACAUCACCAAUGUACUUCCAGAAACUGUCCACACCACAAAACUUUACGGGACCACAACUUUCAAGGACGCCCGUCACGCUGCUGAGGAAGAGAUUUACACUAACCUGAACCAGAAGAUUGACCAGUUCCUGCAGCUGGCAGACUACGACUGGAUGGCUCUGGAGCCUGGCAGCAGGGCCAGUGAUUACCUCGUGGAUCUCAUUGGCUUCCUGCGCAGCACAUUUGCUGUGUUCACUCACCUCCCGGGGGAUGUAGAUGCCCACUCUACCAUGUCGGGGAAGGUGGCACAGACCGCCUGCAUGUCAGCGUGCAAACACCUGUCCACCUCGCUGAUGCAGCUGCUGCUGGAAGCCGAAGUGCGGCAGCUGACGCUGGGCGCCUUGCAGCAGUUCAACCUGGACGUGGAGGAAUGUGAACAGUUUGCCAGAUCCGGCCCAGUGCCUGGGUUCCAAGGGGACACGCUGCAGUUGGCCUUCAUCGACUUGAGACAAGUAAGUCUUUGUGUUUUUGUUUUUUGUUUUUCUUUUAAGAUGUGUGACUGAAGACCAUCAGGUCUU